AUGGUAAUUGGAAGCAGAAGAUGGAAAAGCUCCAUUCUCUCUGCAAAAAUAAGAUCAAGAGCAGAUUGUGGUAUAAACCAUGAACUGCCAAGGUCAAACAUUAGAGCAAAGCUAAAUAAGAACACCAAAUCAAUCAAUUUCCCAAAAUACCACCUAAAGAUCAUCCCUAUAGAAUUAAAAGAUAAUGUAAAAAAUAGGUUUGUAGGAUCAAGCCUAAUUGACCAGGAGCGAGGAGAACUCUGGAUUGAAACCUGGGACAUUAUAAGAGAAGAAACCAAAAAGACACUCUCUGCAGCCAAAAAGAAAGAAAAGCCUCACUGGGCAACAGACAAAACUCUUCAAGCAGAUAAGGACAAACAAGAAGCAAAAGCUGGAACCUUUCCAUGUUACCCACUCUCUGUGAAGGUCAUCCAGGCUCAACACAUAUGUUCAAGAGACCUGUUGUCAUCUUCUGAUUGUUAUGUGAGCCUUUGGCUACCAUCAGCUUCAAACAAGCAAGUUGUGACUAAAACCAUCUCAAAUACUCCCAAUCCUGUCUGGAAUGAAAGCUUCCAUUUUGUUAUCCAAUCUCAGAGCAAGAAUGUGCUGGAAUUGAAGCUUUAUGAUCAAGAUGUGGUCACCAAAGAUGACCUUCUCUUCACAGUUAACUAUGAUAUUGCUAAAGUGAGGCCAGGGGAAACAAUUCAAGAAAACUUCAUUUUGAAUGAGCAGGGACCAGAAAGUCUAGAAGUAGAAUUCAAGAUGGAAAGCACAUGUUGUGGUUUGGAGCAAAUAAUUACAAAUGGCAUCCUAAUGUCUCGUGAGGUUUCCUGUUUGGAAGUUCAGAUAGACAAAGGGAAAAAUGAGGAUUGUUUGAAAAAGCAUAAAAAUAUUGAACUUCGGGUAGAUGAAUCAUUUGAAGAAACACAGAAAAUCACCCAGGAUGCAGACAACUUCCAAUUCCACUAUGCAAAGAACUGGGAGCCAAAGUUGAAAGCCAAAUUGAAGCCUUCUUCCAGCAUGGAAAAAGGGACAAUGAGAAAUUUGUAUGAAGAGCCUGACUGGUCCCAAAAGGACUUGAUUGGCCAAAUCCGCAAAGCACAAGAAUGCAUUCUUAGGAGCAAAUCAAGUGCUUUCUCCUUGGUAGCUCUACAGUUUUAUAAUGAAGAGCUGAGACGGAGGGCCCAAGAAGGCCACUCAAUUUCUUUUACUGAUGUGUGGUCACUCAUAAUUGAUCAUAUGUUCCAUGAUAAGGAGAGCGAUAGCAAACUCUCAGAUCAGCAACUGUCUGUGAAUCAGGGGCAAAAUCCACUGCCCAUUUAUUUGGCCCUCACGGUCAAGGAAGAUACCCAAACCACUUCUGAAUUUAAAGAAUGGUGUGAAUUUUCCCCUUAUGAGGUGGGAUUUUCUAAAUAUGGGGCCUUUAUUCGCUCAGAGGAUUUUGGAAGUGAGUUCUACAUGGGACGACUGAUGAAGAAGAAACCAGAAUCUAGAAUUUGCUAUCUGGAAGGAAUUUGGAGCAAUAUAUUUUCAUUGAAUCUGGUAGAUUUCUGGAAUUUAUACAAAUUGUGGCAGUGGCCCUUCUCAAGCCAAGAAAAGGAUGACAACACAGGGGACACUUCUAAAACUCAGGUGUCUGAAUAUCAUACAGCUUGUUUUACUCCACCAAAGGAUAUAUCCAGCAUCAUUAAUGGCGUUCUGACACAUCGUUUGAUAGAGGAAGAGAAACCUAACUUUCUGAGAGGUCUCCAACUGCACAAUGACUAUUACCAAAACAAAACAUUCUCUAUGUGGCAAGACAGUCAUCUGGACCAGCACCCCAACUAUCUUACACCACUGGAAAAAGAGCUAUGUCUUGUUGAUCCUGGAUAUUUCAUUAAUACCAGUUGUCCACCACUAUUAAGAAAGGAAAGGAAUGUAGAUGUUAUCAUAUCACUUGACUAUAACUUGCUGGAAACCAGGUUUAAUUCUCUAGAACAGAUGAGCAAAUACUGUUUGGACCAGGAGAUCCCUUUUCCUAAGAUUGUGCUGACUGAAGAAGACAGGAAGAACCCAAAGGAGUGUUACCUUUUUGAGGAUAAAGAAAACCCAGAAGCUCCGAUCAUACUUCACUUUCCAUUGGUGAAUGAUUCUUUUAGGGACUACAAAAAACCUGGAAUUAAGCGCACAACUGCAGAAAUGACUAAAGGAGAAGUAGAGUUGAACAGCUUACUAUCACCAUAUAAAAUGACAGAUUUGACAUACACAGAAGAUGAAUUCAACACACUGCUAAACCUAUGUGACUAUAACAUCCAAAACAACAGAGUACUGAUUCUACAAGCUUUGUGGACAGCAAUAGAAAGAAGAAAUGUUAGCAGACUGUGAAUCAGAUUAAGCAAGAUUUCUGAAAUUAAUUCCUGUCUGUUUUGAAAGACUGAAAAUAGAAAAUGGCCAUUGCAGUCUGAACACUACUAUGGAUUAUUUUUGUUCCUUCGUUAUUAUUUUUGUUAACACUUUCAAUUUGCAUUGUACAUAUCCAACCAAACAUUUUGGUAAGCUCCAGGUAAUAAAGUGCUGUGUAAUGUACAUGAUUUUUGCACAAGGCUGCCUCUGAAGACUGCCUUGUCAACUGCAGUUAGUGCAAAAUGUAGUUGCUAAGAUGACUUAAUUAUGACUUGUUAAUUUUACGUUUAUAGUAAAUCGGUGCUGUACACUAGGGGGUGUAGGCCACACCAGAUGACACUCCAGGGGAAGGUCACACCACUGCUCCCUGAACAUCUGCUUUUGAGCAGAAAUGGGCUGUGGCAUUUGCCUGUGUC